CCCGCAUCUAUUAAUCGUAUGCGGUGGUUGUCUCGCUAUCUUCUCUGUACUCAUUCUUAUCAAUACACUUUCAUAAUAACAUCCUUUGUGUUGUAUGGUCUUCAUACCAGCUAUCAGGACCAAAACAGACUAUUUCACGUCCAUAACUUUCCAAAAAUAACAUAACAUUGAUAAUUAAACUUAUCAUCUUCAACUAUUGCGUUACAUAAGUGCAUGGACAAGAUAUCCGUGACACAGGUAAAUGACGUUUUCUACAUAGAUCAAUUCGAUGGUAAUGCACAUAUUCGUGGAACCUUACAUUUAACUCUGACGCACAUAUUUUUUCUUGGAUUAUCUCGAAAACAGGAAAUAUGGUUACCGAAUCAACUAAUUUCUUCAGUUGAACGUCUACCGUUAACUACUGGUGGUGCACCUUUGAUUAUACGUGGAAAAGAUUUCCAUGUAAUUCGUUUGGUUGUAUUAAAAGAACGAGAUUGUCACGAUGUUUAUUCAACAUUGACACGGUUACUUUGUGUUGCACAUGUGUCUGCACUCCCGUGUUAUCAAUUUGUACCGCCGGAUUGUUAUUGGUCUCAAGAAGAAGGGUGGUCAACAUUUUCACUUAAGUCUCAGUAUGAUCGAUUUGGAUUACCUAAUUAUUUUUGGAGUCUAACUAAUGUUAACGAAAAUUUUGAGAUAUGUGAUACUUAUCCACCCGUAUUAUAUGUUCCAAGUAUGGUAUCAAAGAAUAUUUUGUAUGGAAGUUCACGUUUUCGCAGUCGUGGCCGAUUCCCUGUCUUAACUUACUUACAUCCAAAUGGGAAGUCAGCUUUGUGUCGAAGUAGUCAACCGUUAGCAGGUUUUUCAUCAAAAUCAACCGAAGACCAAGUACUUUUAGAAGCUAUACGUAAUUCAAAUCCCGAUUCGAAUAUAUUAUAUGUUGUUGAUACGCGACCAGCAAUUAAUGCAUUUACUAAUCGUGCACAAGGCAAAGGUUAUGAAGAUACAAAUGUUUAUCGUAAUGCUGUCAUACAAUUUUUUGAUAUUGAAAAUAUCCAUGUUGUUCGUUCAUCGUUAGAAAAAUUACUAAAAGUAUGUUGUAAUCCAACAGUUAAUGUGGAACAAUUUACUUCUGGUUUAAAUAAAUCUGGUUGGUUGAAACAUUUACAUGCUAUAUUAGAAGCAGCUUAUUUUGUCGCAAAACGAUUAGAUGAAGGAAAUUCUGUACUUGUACAUUGUUCCGAUGGAUGGGAUCGUACUGCUCAAGUUUGUGCCCUAGCUCAAAUUAUAUUAGAUCCAUAUUAUAGAACAUUUCUAGGGUUGCAAGCUUUAAUUGAAAAAGACUGGAUACAAUUCGGUUACAAAUUCACUGAACGAUGUGGUUUAGUGUCAGGUGCUGAUCCCCGUGAAAUCUCCCCAAUAUUUACACAAUUUCUUGAUUGCUUACGACAUUUGCUAGAAAUCUGCCCAACUAAAUUUGAAUAUAAUAUUAAAUUACUAAAGUAUUUACAUGAUCAAAUUUAUUCAGCCGUUUAUGGAACAUUUAUUGGAUGUAGUGAAAAAGAAAGAGUCAAUUUAAAAGUUCAACAAAACACUUACUCUUUAUGGGGUUAUUUAAAUCGAUAUCGUGACAGAUGGAUUAAUCCAUUCUAUGAACAUAAUUCUGUAUGGAUCGAUUUUUCUAUUGACGGAGGUGGCAGGGGUAACUACAAAUACAAUAUAUCAUCUCAUUUUGAAACCGAUGAAUUAAUUACUGUUGGAAUUGAGUUGAUUAGUGAUGGUAAAGGGAAUAGUCGAUAUGCAGCGGAUAUACUACCUGUAUAUAUUCUAUGUGCACCUUUAUUUCGUUUAUGGCGUGAUCUUUAUUUACAUUGGGAAUGGCGUUUGCCUAAAUACGAUUUACAACGUGAAAAUUAUGUUUCGGAUUAUUUAUCCGGUCUGUCAACUCUACUCGAUCACAAUCGACUUUUAGAGGCUAGAAUCGGUCAGUUGCAAGAAUUAUUAAAUUUUAAAAUUGUAUUUGGUAAGAAUAAUCUAUCUAAUUCAAUGGAAAAAUCUAUCACAUCUAAGCUUAUGAACAAUGAUGGAAAUGAACAGACGAUCAUAGAUACUAUCUCCAAUUUAUUUCAUUUUCAACGUACAAUCACAUCGUCACCAACCCUUAACAAUAAUGCUAAUAAUCAUUCUCGUGUUCUUACAAAACAGAAUUCAAUUACGAGUGAUCAAAAGCGUUUAUCUCAACCCACCAUUGGACAAUUGAAAUGUGAGAUGAGUAUAAUCAACGUGAACUGGACACAUUGCUUUAAAUCAGGAAGUUUAUGCUGUGUAUGUAAUAGUUUGUUAGCUUUGUCAAAUCAAUCGGUUCAUUGUCAUUCAUGUGGUCUGCUUACAUGCUCUCGGUGUAUUCACUCAAACCCACCAAAAAUUCCGAGUUUAUGGUCAAAUGAACAAAGAUCUGUACAGUUUUGUAAUCUAUGCGCUUCCGGAUUGCGUAAUAUCUGUAAUUACAGCAGCAGUGCUGGCAGUUCUCAUGUAAAACAUUUUACUCAAAUGGAAUCACUUGAAAUUCCUGCUACUACCGCUACUGCAUAAAUAACAGUUGUUUGUUUUUAAAAAAUCCACUGACUUUUGGAUAACUGACUCUGUUUGAUUGACUGAUUGGUUGAUAAUUGACAGAUGUAUGUGACAUUCAAGUCGAUAUUCAGUUGUUUGUGUUGGCUGGUAAAUGGUUGUCUGUCGUUCUCUUCAUCAAGAUAAUAUGAUUCUAGGCUUCAAGUAUUGGCAAAUUAUAUAAUUCCCAUUGAAACUGAAUUAUCUGUGAUUUAACUGGUUCCUUUCUGUCUACAAACUAGUACUGUUAUUAUUACGUUUGUAUUCCACCGGGUUUCUAAGGUCUAGUACCUUUUUCUCGUUGUACACUUAUUAUUUGCAUAUAAAUUAUUUCAUAACAUCACAAUAACCUAUUCCGUUGUUGUUGUUUGUCGCUUGUGAUUUGUGUUGUUUUUCAGAGGAAAUUAUGUGGUCUUUCCUUAUUUCUUUAUUGAUUUUCCCAUUUUUAACUCCUUGUAUACACUCACCCUCUUGGUCAAUGCUGCUUUUGCUGAAUUUUGCUAUGAUUUCAAAGUUGACUUGAUAAUCAGUCGAUAUAGUGACGGUUGGUCUGACGAGGAUUGUCUUCUUUUUUCGUUCUACUCUCCUUUCUCAUACUCCUUAUUCUUGUUAUUAAAACAUUGUAUUUCAUAAUGAGACUUUUAUGGCAGUUUGGUUUGGCUCCAAUUAGAUGGUAUGAUGAUGUUAUCAAAAUAUACAUUCUGAUUAUCUUCGUACAUAAUUAUCGACUUAAUUCACGUUAGAGAAUAAUGAAAUAAACUAAGUCAAAUACGAGGAUGAAGUUUGAAUACGUUUAUUUCGUAAACUCGUUGAUCCGAACAGACAUUUAGAGUGAAAAGCGAGAAGUCAAAGCGAAUAAGUCAACUCGAUUUGGUCAAGUUGCUUCGGAGUAAUCACAGCGAGUUUAUCACAAAAUAAGCUUAUCGAUCGAAUAUAGAUGAUGGAUGGUAAAAACUUAGUAUAGAAACGAGCCAAUCAGAAUCGACUUAUAUUUGUGCUCAAAAUCUAAACAUGUAUAGCAGGCAGUAGAAAUACCUUUGUAUAGCACUGAAAUCGUUUGAAAUGGUAUUGGAAAAUGGCUUUUUGUCGUCAUAACUUGUAAAGAAUAGUGUUAGACGUAUUAAGUACUCCAAUUCUACUUUGUAGAUUGUAUAUAACAGACGAGUAAGUAAUAUUUUCAAAUCGUAACUAUUAAUCCUGAAACAAAUCUUAACCCGGUGGUACCAUACAUUACGGACCCAAUAGUUAGAUUUACUAGCUCUGAAUCCUUGUUCCUGCCUAGCCCUAUCUUUUAAAUCCAGAACACUGAUCUCAGCCUCUGUGAUGUGAAUCAUGUAUUUCAAACAUAUUAGGUUUACAUGCCAACCAGACAGACCACAUCGUACCAUAAAAUAGAAAAUAACAUUUGUACAAGAUUUAGCCUAAAGUUACUGUGAAUGUGAGAGAUAGUAAUUAAUAGACUGGGCAUAACUCAAGAACGAUAAAUCGUAUAAUAAUAGUCUAUGGGUCAAAAUAAAGCUUAUAACAAGAGAAACACAAAUAUGACUUGAGGCAAUCUGCACAGGAUGCACAUAUGCCAACAUGAGACUGAUUGAUUGCAGUCCUAAAUAACAAUGGGAAGAUACGAGUAAAACAGCACCAAGUGAACAAAUAUGAAUAUUUUAGUUACUUAACAAUUAUACAAUAGAAAUACAUGUAUAGUACUAGUCCAGAAAUGUAUUCCAACAGUUACCAUUCAUUAUUCUCAUCGGGACAUAACAACCCACUACAUCAUUUUACAAAUACACGCAUUUUUUAUACCCGCAUUCUGACACAAAUUAAUACAGUGACAGAACAUACAAAUUCACCUUGACCAUAAAUUACUUAACAUUGACAUAUUCAAACCUAUUAUGAGUUUGAUUGUACUAAAAGAUUCUGAAUUGUUUCCUUUGGACUAUUUAGACUUAUGUUAAUUUAAUGUCGGUCAAUUAUUUAUUCUGAAGAAGUGGAGUACAUUAAGUCACGAAACGUCAGAAAUAUAUUUUUCUACUCAUUAGGAUAUAACAAAAAGUAUAUUUAUUAUUAACCUUCUACUCAAUGCUCGAUUUGUUUGAAACCAUCAAGUCCAACCUUGCCAUUGAUACUGUGGUGGACCAGACGAUAUAUAAACACAAAAAGUAUCAACAAAGUUAAUAAAAAACAAUAGUAAUAUUAAUAUAUAUCAGUUAAAUGUUACAAAUACAAUAAAAAUGGGACUGUGGUGGACCAGACAAUAUAUAAACGCAAAAGGUAUCAACAAAGUUAAUAACAAUCAAUAGUAAUAUUAAUAUAUACAAGUUAAAUGUUACAAAUACAAUAAUAAUUAAGGACGUUACUUAAAUUGCCCAAACGUUGCGUGUUCUGAUUAAGUCCAGUAAUGUAAAUCCACAAUUAUAAAUGCUUGAUGACUCUGAGCAGGUUGGUGAACUCUCUAGCGAUAUAGUCCAACGUAGGAUGUGAUAUAUUCCGAUUAUAGUCUAUAAAUGUAGAUAGUAUUUGAUUUAAACUUCCAUUAACUCAAUCACAAAUGAAGAUA